AGGCAGACACACACACACACUCACACACACACACACACACAUUUACGAACGCAGCCCAGUGAGACCAAAUGGAUGAGUGCAAGGGCAGGAAGCACUGACCGGAGAGAGAGAGAGAGAGAGAGAGAGAGAAAGAGAGAGAGCGUGUGAGUGAGACAAUCCAGCGCUUACACUUUGAGCUCAUUCUGAGUCUAGACGAACUGCAGACCCACUGUUCUCCAGCUUUAUGUGGAGGUGCUCCUAAAGCCUUGCUCUCCUGUUUGCUUUUCCCUGGGACAUUUUAUGCAUGCGUGUAUGUGUGUAUGUGUGCAUGUGUUGUUAACAGGGAUAUUUUGCAUGACAUGGUGACCUCCUCUCUGAGAGAAGCCUUACUCUAUUUGGGGGGCUGUUUGUGCGUUCUUCUCUUUGGCCGAAGCGCCCAGUGCGCUCCUUGGGGAAUGAGUGAGCACUGAGAACGAAGGACUGCCUGCAUGCAUCAGAUCACCCUGCAGAAAAGAGCAUCGGAAGGACCUGAACUGUCCACAUUGUCUGAGAGGGCAAGGGGAAGAGCAAAGAGAAAUUAAAAGUACUUUUCGGGUUUCACAAUGGAUCUCCCUCCAUUCCGAGGUUUAUCGGAUGUGCCCUGAUAGGUGUAAGCCUUGCAUCUGAGUUUCUUCUCUGGCAGCCCUAGUGACCUUAUGGAUCCAGCACCUCAUCUUAGGAUGGACCGAGAUGGACUGGACCUCCAGCAAGUCUCUGUGCUGUCAAUAGACCAGAUCCGCUCUAUAAGGGCCAGCAACGAGUAUGUGGAGCGCCCGGUGGCACUCGAGCCUGCCUCGCAGGUGGGUGUCUUCUAUACACAUGAUGAACAUUCUCAGCUGCCUCGCAGUCAGAGUCAACACCAACAUGCCCACCUGGCUCACCUGAGUCGCUCUAGCACUAUCAGCUCCAUGUCCCGUGGCAGCGCGGCUUCGGACCUGAGGCUUCUCUCAGGAUUAACGCCCUCACAUUCUGGCUUGGCCACAGUGGUGCGCUCCCAACCCAAGGGCGACCUGAAGCCAGACUCAUUAGGUAAAGGCUUGGCUGACGGCGAGGAUUUAGGCUCUCAUCUGUUCAUCUGUGAACGCUGCAGCCGCUGCAAGUGCAAGGAGUGCUGUGCCCCUCGAAGCCUGCCUUCCUAUUGGGCCUGUGGCCAGCGAUGCUUGUGCUCAGCCGAAAAUGCUGUGGAGUACGGCACCUGCCUGUGCUGCGUGAAGGGCUUGUUCUACCACUGCUCGGCAGACGACGAGGACAACUGUGCUGAUCGGCCUUGUUCCUGUGCUCCCGCUCACGCCUGCUCCCGCUGGGGCACCAUGGCCCUUCUGGCUCCCUGCCUACCCUGCCUGUGCUGCUACCCUCCCGCCAAGCUGUGCCUCACCCUGUGCCAGCGUGGCUACGACCGAGCCACACGGCCUGGCUGCCGCUGCAGCAACACCAACACUGUGUGCCGCAAGAUCUCUGCCUCCAACCCAGCGCCUUUCCGCAAGACCCUGGAGAAACCCGUAUGACGCUGAGAUGCCCUGAUCCCACUGCUGCAUCCCCCUCUUUUUGCAUUUUCCACUUCUGAUCCUGAAGCAGUGAAUUCUGCUAAAAUGAUCUCCAACCCAACCAAUCAGGCCUACCUGCAAUGAAUCCCACAAAGGAAACUAGCUGAUUUCUUUUUAAAAAACUGUUUAUUUAUUUAUUUAUUUUACUUUCCUGGGCAAGAUCGAUAAUGUGGUUCAUAUGCAACUUUUACAGAGAGUAAGCUAUCUGAACAAAAUCUUUUGCUGUGUUGGGUAAACGUAUCUUCCAGGCGUAGUGGUCUAUGGGGAGUCAACUGAGAGGGGCCCACGCUAGAAAAUCAUCUACAGCCAUACUGAAUGGACAAACUGUGUGCAAGGUGGCUGACACUUGAUCUCAUGUGGAACAUGGGCCCUAUCAGACAGUGAAAAAGAGCCUACCCAAGAACACUGACUACAUGACUAUAUGGUUUUGGACACCAUUUUUAAGACCAAAAAAGGGACCAUUUCAGGCCAAUAAAGCUUAUUCAGGAAAGGAGUGUAACAGUGAGGAUAGGUGGAGAGAGUGUGUGUGUGUGUGCACGAAUGUAUGUGCAUAAGAAACAUGUUUAUGUGCAUGUGUGUGCAGUCUCAGGCCUGUGUCUGCUGUCAGCAGAAGCCUUCCUUUUUUAUUUUUAGAGAAGCUGCUCUGAAAGACAAAGUGUCUGGUCAGGUUUCCAGCCCAGGGCAGUCUGACGCCAGCCUCUCCCGAGUGCUCCUGUGGCCUCGCGAUUCUACAACACCCCUCACCGCCCCCAACCCCACCCUCACACUGCUCUUUCUGAUUCCAGUAGUGGGAUACUCACUCUGUGCUAUCUCCAACUGUGCUGUGGGACCAAAAGCAUUUCAAGUCAUCAUACAUUCCCUAAACAAAGCCUCAGUCACAUAUGUCUCUAUAGUUUCUCUGCUGCUUUCAGGAUAAUGUUAUGCAAGCUGUUACUUGGACAACUCACAUAAAAUUGACACGAAGAAACACCACAAAAGGUCAGAAGACAAAAUAGGAACUUCAUAGCAUAGCAUACUUCAAUCUCCGAUCUGCCCUUCAAUGGCAUCAACAGAUGAGCUACCGGCCUCCUUUUCCCACCAUCGUACGUUUCUAAGCACUUUGGACUUGACUGAUUGGCUCCUUAGCCACCACAGUGUCUUUGACGGCGUCUGGGCACUUUGCAGGAAGUGAGGACAUACAAGAGCAUGCUGCGGUGUCAGCACACAGGAGGAAGGAACUGCACUGAGACAGGAGCUCGAUCACCUGGCUAGAGUGAAACCCAGCACCAUGCUUGGGAACAAGGUGAAACAGAUGCACUGACACUCUAAUCUGGGAGGAGAAAUGAAAUCAAAUCUGUUUCGAGCGUGUGUGUGUUCUCUCCCUUAUAUGCACACUGACCCUUGUUGUUAGAGUUCCUUUGCUAUAUUUUUGUAUGUAUGUAGGAUUGUUAUUGUAUUUGUAUUUUUAUUCUAUUUCUUUUAUUCUGGUUAUUAUUAUUAUUACCAUUAUUUUCUAUUACUAUUGGACAUUAACUUUAAAUCAGAGUCCAGGCUAACACUUAAAACUAACCUUAAAGCUGGCUUUUAUUGUGGGGGAGAGGUCCUUUGUGGUUAACACAUGUUUUACAUUACAGUGCUAUGAUCACCCUAUAAUGAUCUUAAUAAUUACUGUGUAAUUGGGUCAUAUUUUUUCACUGUUCCAAAAUCACAAACCCUUAUAAAUGCAUUUACUCAUUUUAUGUCUUGGACUGUAGUCCUCCAAGGCAAGUAAGGAUGGACCAUUUAGGUAAAGUGCAACUGUGAUUAAAUUCAGCACUCGUUACACUGUAUUUACAGAAGGAUUCGAUAGCAGUGUAAUGUAAGUGUCUCUAUUGGGAUUUUGCAAUGUGAACUCAUGUUUUAGACAAUAAGCCAUUAUUCUUAUGAAAAUCACAUUAUUCUUAUGAAAAUUGAAUCUUUAUAUACUAAACCUCUACUUGUUCCCAUGUGUUUAGUUGUCAACCUUCAGUUUGUUCAGAUGAAGAAUUAAUAUAAUAAUCUGAUUCAGACUAAAACAUUAAAAAUUCCAUUUUCCUUUUGAAAUAACUAGGGGGCAGGGGGGAAAUCAUCAUUCCAAACUUUACAAUGUGUAACCAUAAUGGGGUACCUCUCCUCCAUACUUAAAUCCCAAUAGACAAUCUCUCCAAGGAGGGGUCAUACUGUAGGGAUGGGUGCAGUAUAUAGGUACAAGCAUUUUAUAGGAAUGCCUAACUGGUGCUGACCACAUUCUCUAUGUUAACCACUAAAGGUUCCCCAUAUUGUAUUCUUAAACUAUUGCUUUGGUACAAUUGGCAUCUUGUAAGUGUAAAAGAAUUAAAGAAGAAUAUAUGCACACACACACACACACACAA